AUGUCUUUCGAAGAUUCUAAGGAUCAAUUACCAAUUAACAGAGAUUCUAUUAAUUCUUUAAAUGAUAAGGGCAAUUACCCUACAGCCGAAGCAAAAACACGUGGAGAAGGAACAAAGCAAACAUCUCAAAAAGGUGGUUUUGGUCAAAAAGUUCAAGAACAAGAGAUUGGUCAUGGAUUCAUUCCAAGAAAUAGGAGUAGUAAAGUGAGAGAGAAUAAGGAAUUUGAACAAGAA